AAAUGUCUACUGAGAAAAAGAAGUCGACCAGAAAAAAGAAGGACCCAGAUGCCCCAAAGAGGUCUUUGUCCGCCUACAUGUUUUUCGCCAACGAAAACAGAGACAUUGUCAGAGCAGAGAACCCAGGCAUUACCUUUGGCCAAGUCGGCAAAAUGUUGGGUGAGAGAUGGAAGGCUUUGAACGCCGACGAAAAAGUUCCUUACGAGAACAAGGCUGCGACUGACAAGAAGAGAUACGAAAAAGAGAAAGCGGAGUACGCCAAGAGACAGUAGACAUGCCUGCGAAA